AUGGACACUGAUCAGAAUGCCGGUCGUGGAACACCCGUUAAGAGUGGUAACUUGGUUUCUGAUAAGGGAACAACAACACUUUUGCGGCAGGAUCAGUUCGAUAAUGAACGUGCAGAUAUGGGAUUGGGAGUUCUGUCGAAUCGGCAGGGAACUCCAGAUAUGGAUGGGCUCAGAGUUGGAAAGAUGAGGGCAAACUCGUCGGUAUCUCCGAGGACUUCUAUGGGUAAUCUAGUCGAUCAAUCAGGGCCCAUUCGUCCUGAGAAUCUCGCGCAUCUCACCGUGAAGGACUCGGUGUUGACUGGGAGACCGUUAUUAUAUUUCACAUCGAUUUUUGUGUCUCUUGGAGUGUUUCUGUUUGGGUAUGACCAAGGUGUUAUGUCCGGUUGUUUAACUGGGCAUUAUUUCAAGAAUCACUUCAAUAAUCCGUCGCGUGCAGCAAUUGGUAAUAUGGUGUCAAUCCUGGAGAUUGGUGCACUUGUUUCUUCGCUUUUGGUUGGUAGAUUAGGUGAGAAAUGGGGCCGCAGAAGGACCAUCAAAUAUGGGUCUUUAAUAUUUGUUAUUGGGGGCCUUUUCCAAGGAUUUGCAGACAAGAUGAUGCACUUGAUUAUUGGGAGAACUAUUAGCGGUUUGGGCGUUGGUCUCCUGAGUACCAUUGUGCCCAUUUAUCAGUCCGAAAUAUCUCCUCCUCAUAAUAGAGGUAAGCUGGCUUGCAUAGAGUUUACUGGGAAUAUUGUUGGUUAUGCUGCAAGUGUUUGGAUUGACUAUGGCUGUUCUUUCAUCGAGGGAAAUGCCUCUUGGAGAAUCCCAUUACUUUUGCAAAGUGUUAUUGGGUUUGCACUCUUCUGCGGUACAUUUGUCAUUUUGGAGACCCCUCGUUGGUUGUUAAAUCAUGACCAUGACGUGGAAGGUCUUAUUGUUAUUGCUGAUCUUCACAGCGAUGGAGAUGUUCAAGACCAAAGGGCAAAGGAUGAAUAUCAUGCAAUUAAGGAAACUGUGCUGAUCUCUAGAAUGGAAGGUGAAGGUAAAUCCCAUUGGAACGUGUUUAAGCGCUAUAAAAGAAGAAUGUUGAUUGCAAUGAGCUCUCAGAUGUUUGCUCAACUUAAUGGUAUUAACGUUAUUUCCUACUAUGCUCCUAUGGUGUUCGAGCAAGCCGGCUGGGUUGGCAGAGAGGCCAUAUUGAUGACGGGUAUUAACGGUCUCAUUUACGUGCUCUCGACUUUACCACCAUGGACGCUUGUUGAUAAGUGGGGUAGGAAGCCGAUCUUAAUGACUGGUGGUAUCUUUAUGGGUUGUGCCCUUGUAUCAAUAUCCAUAUCAAUGCUGGCAAACAUCCCUGCUACUCCAAAGCUUGUCGUUCUAUUCGUGAUAGUCUUCAAUGCAUUCUUUGGUUUCAGUUGGGGUCCUAUCCCAUGGCUAUACCCUGUCGAAAUUGCUCCACUAUCGGCUCGUUCAGCAAUGGCUUCAUCAUCUACAGCAACAAACUGGCUUUGUAAUUGGCUCGUAGGUAUAAUGACUCCCAUCCUACAAGAAAAGAUUGCCUGGAGGUUGUACCUGAUUCAUGCGACUUCUUGUUUCAUUUCUUUCGCAGUCGUCUUUAAGCUCUAUCCAGAAACGGCUGGUCUACGUUUGGAAGACAUGGAUUCUGUGUUUGAUGACAGAUCCUCGACUUUUAGCUUUGCUAGAUCAGAGUUGAACUCUGGUGAUUAUGCUACGGAUAUCGAUGCAAUGUCUACAAAAAGUGCAGGACCAAUCCCAGAUAGGCAACCUGGUGUUGCGCAACCAACUGUCCCAGGCGGACCGAUGAUGAGGAGCAACCAAAGCAUCAAAUCCAGAACUACUGGGCUCACCAGCUUUCCAAUGGGAACUUUGGAGCCUCCUAGUGUUGAACAAGUACUUGACUUCAAAGCGAAACAGCAACAGAAGGGCAUCAAAACUGCAAUUAGACGCGGUUCUGAAAACAUUUCGCUAUUUGUUAGCAAAGUCAUUCAUCUUGGUGACAGAGAAGGGACAGGUAAUGGAGCCUAUGGUACAAUUUCUGCAAAUGAUUUGGAAUCUGGGAACUAA